ACUCUGGACAGCUCCAGCUACCUAAACAGAAGACGUAAGAGGAGGAAAGCGCUAGGACAUGGCGAGGGAACGGCGCUGGCCCGGCUGAUAGAGACUGGUGAUUCCCCCCCACCCCCACCCCUCACACACACACACACACACGCACACACCCUUCCCCCUGCCCACACACACACACACACACACACACACAACUGAGAGGCCUUAUUCCCCCCCCCCGCCCCCCAGCUCCGAGCAUCCCGCCAGCCCUGCACCCCCAUGGACUGAAUGAAGACUGCCUACACCGCCUAUCGAUGCCUCACCAAAGAGCUGGAUGCCUGCGCCAUGAACCCGGAGAUGACAAUGGACAGCCUGGGCAGUUUGCACGGGGCAGCCAGCCAUGAGCAGGAUUUGCUGGGCAGCCCCAGCCCGCACCACCCCAGCCGCAGCGCCGGAUCGCUACGGGUCCACCCUCCUCCUUCGCACCAGGACUUAGCUUCUGCCUCGUCCCGCUCGGCCAUGGUGUCCAGCAUGGCUUCCCUGCUCGACGGGGCAGGGGAUUACCGCCCGGAGCUGUCCAUCCCCCUCCACCAUGCCAUGAGCAUGCCCUGCGACUCCUCGCCCCCUGGCAUGGGCAUGAGCAGCACCUACACCACUCUGACUCCGCUCCAGCCCCUGCCGCCCAUCUCCACCGUCUCCGACAAGUUCCACCACCCCCAUCACCACCCCCAUGCCCACCAUCCCCAUCACCACCACCACCACCAGCGCCUCUCCGGCAAUGUCAGCGGGAGCUUCACCCUGAUGAGGGACGAGCGGGGGCUGCCGGCCAUGAACAACCUCUACAGCCCCUACAAGGAGAUGUCCGGCAUGGGGCAGAGCCUGUCCCCCUUGGCUGGCACCCCCCUGGGCAACGGAUUGGGGUCCAUCCACAACACCCAGCAGAGCCUCCAUACCUAUGGACCCCCCAGCCACGACAAGAUGCUCAGCCCCAACUUCGAUGCCCACACUGCCAUGCUGGCCAGGGGUGAGCAGCACCUCUCCCGGGGGCUGGCUACCCCCCCUGCGGCCAUGAUGUCCCACUUAAACGGUAUGCACCAUCCUGGACACCCUGGCCAUGCUCAGCCUCACGGGCCCGUGUUGGCUUCCAGCCGGGAAAGGCCGCCCUCCUCCUCCGGAUCUCAAGUUAACAACUCUGGGCAGUUAGAAGAGAUCAACACCAAAGAAGUGGCCCAAAGGAUCACUGCAGAGCUGAAGCGCUACAGCAUCCCCCAGGCGAUUUUUGCCCAGAGGGUGCUGUGCCGUUCUCAGGGGACCCUUUCAGACCUUCUAAGGAACCCUAAACCUUGGAGUAAGCUGAAAUCUGGCAGGGAGACGUUCAGGAGAAUGUGGAAAUGGCUGCAGGAACCCGAGUUCCAGAGAAUGUCAGCCUUAAGACUUGCAGCAUGCAAACGCAAAGAACAAGAACCGAACAAAGACCGGAACAAUUCCCAGAAGAAAUCUCGUCUGGUUUUCACCGAUCUCCAGCGCAGAACACUUUUUGCCAUCUUCAAAGAGAACAAACGUCCAUCCAAAGAAAUGCAGAUCACCAUCUCCCAACAGCUGGGCUUGGAACUUACCACUGUCAGUAACUUCUUCAUGAACGCUAGGAGGCGCAGCCUAGAGAAAUGGCAGGAUGAUUUGAGUACAGGGGGAUCCUCUUCAGCCUCCAGCACUUGUACCAAAGCAUGAUUGAAGAAAGGAAUCUAAAUUGGGCACAACUUAACCAUAAAAAAAGGAGGAGAAAAAAAAAAGGAAGAAAAGAAAGAAAGUAUGGAUUCUGAGUGGGGCCCUUCACUGGUGAUUUGAAAGCACAAUUCUCUUGGAAAGUAAUUCUAGUCUAGCUGUAAGCAUAGGACACCUUUUUUUAAUGGCUAUUUAGUCAGUUUUAGAAGGUGCAAAUCACAAAUUAAUCACUUUCUAUAUAGUAUUACAUUCAAGACAGGCUAAGCAUAUUCAAAAUAUAAGUGGGUCAUUCAUGACACAAAUUUUUCCUGAGAGCCAAUGAAGACUUACACUAUGGAUCAGCAUUGAAGGCGAUAGGAGUACGGCAGGAUUGCCCAGAGUUGGUAGCUAAACAGAAGUACGAACAUGUCUGACCUACUUUGUUUUUCAAAUGCUUAGGCUUGCCACACCACAAUAUACCAAAGCUCACACCCAUAACAUGACAACAUGAGAACUGAGCACAAAUUUUAAAAGAUGGAAAUUGAAAAAUCCAAGAACCUGUUUUGUAAUCUCAGGCAUUGUUUUGGUUAGAUGUUUCAGAAAAAAAUGGAUCCAAUUUUAUGUUUUGGGUUUAUUUUUUAAACUUAUCAGUGAACACUCACAUGGUCUUGGAUCACUAAAAUUCAGUUCACUUGAGCUCAAAGUAUCAAGCACAAAGACAAUAGAUACAGAAAUAGAAUGGUUCUGGACUUGCUACAUCUGUUCUUUCAAGACACUCUAAUUUAUGAAGUUGUUAAUGAAAAGCAUGUGACCACACAAGCUUCAAGCACAUUUUGCUGUUUGUCACAAAUUCUGUGUUUGUACAUAAUGCAGAUGCACACUCAGGAGGUCAAUUUAACUGCUACAGUGCAUGGAGCAAACACAACACUGAGAAAGCUAGAUUUCUUUAGGUCAUUCAUAUGUCUUUUUUAGUUAUUAGCAUCUAGUUUCUCCUUAUCAUUUCAUUGUUACUGAAGUCUAUUUAGGUGGGGGGGUUUUUUUGUUUUUUUUUUUUUAAUUGAUGCAUUCUAUAUUCGAGUUCCUUGGUAUUUUCUUAGCAGAAAAAAAGCAUCCACUUUCAGGAUGUCACUGACCAUUUAGAUGUGCUGCAUAUGACUUAAAUAUGACAUCAAAAUCUAUCACAUUUCCAUUAUCAAUUAAUUUAACCUGAAGAGAACACAGUACACCAAAGAUGCAGUAUAUUGCAAGCCAAAGACAUUUCUAACUUGCCAUUUAUUUCCAUCAUCAUCAUAGUAUUGUGAUUAUUUUAGAAAUCAGAAAGCCUUGCAAACUCCAAAAAAAGUAUAACUCUAUCAUUUUAGUUUGCUGUACAAUUGAGCAGAAAGUGGAUGCUGACAAAAUUAGCAAAGUUGUGAGUGGAGUAGCAGAGCUAAUAGGGCCAUACUAGCUGCAGUUACAGUAGUCUUCAAAUAGCAUAAACAAUCCUUAUCACUGAAAUUGUUACGGUCACUUGAUGUGCAUAUUUACCAGUGAAUGGCCCCUUUUGAAACACCAAUUGAGUGUUCAAAAGCAAGCCAAACGCUGUAACGAUUCUUUAAAGACACUUGAGACUUUUUUAUGUACUACUUAAUCGAAACCAAAGAAACUUUUUCUGCACCUACUUCUUCUGCAACAAACUGUUCCAUUUUAAUAAAAUAAAAUAAAAUAAAAAACCAAGGAAGCACGUCAGGAAACAAAAACAACACAACACACUGUGUUUUGACAGACAUCUUGGACAUUUUAGGAAGCAGAUUUCAAAGAAAGGGUUGACAAAAAUCAAAACAAAGUAAAGCCAAUGUGAGUGCUGCUUCAUCUGACAACUCAGUAAUCUUAAAGUUGAAGAUUGUCUUUAAUUUGUGCCUAUGCAGUUUUUUCAAAAGAACAAGGAACAGAGCAACCGAAACCUCAACAGCUACAAUACCAAAGAUGAGGAUUUCUCACAACUUUUGUUUCAGUUCAUUAUCUCCUCUUGCACGGCUAAAAUGCUUAUAGCACCAUUGAUCUGUGUAAAGGUAAUCAGUUCUGUUUCUUUGAGCAACAAAAAGGGUGGUUAUUAACUUUUUUUUUUUCCGUUUCUCCCCCCACAUGGAAUCUUUCAAGGAUUCCAUGGACUCCAAGUAUAAGGUGUUGGGAUACUAAACUAAUCUCUCUUCUCUGUCCAUAAGAGUAUGUGGGAAAAUGUCAGUUGAAUAUUAUUUGUUUUUAACAGGUAGAAUUGUUCUCUUGUAUGUUCAGAGCUUUAAACAGCCAUCCCAUAUGGGAAAAAAAGCUUAACUGACCAGAUCCUCUUCCCCUUCCCCUUAAAUGAAUCUCGAAAGAUAGGUACUGAAAUACUUCGUUGUAAAUACCGCAUAUCACUAGAGAUGAGCCUGAGUCACAAAGAUCAGAUCUAGAAUUCAAACUGGAUCAGAGCUUCCAAUAGUUCAGGUGGUUUGCAUUCAUUGUUCUGGUUUGAACCAUUAUACUUCCAAAUAAUGAAAUUUGGAUCCAGGGCCAAAUCUGAAUUUCCUCAAAGUUUGGGCGUGCAGGGGAAGAGGGAAUCUGAGGAGGGUUGCAACCAGUGUCUCAAUUCAACUCCAUCUCUACACAUGAUUUAGGGCUUCUUUUCAGCUAACACUGCAUAUAAAAGUAAUAUAAUCGGUUUCUACAUUUUACUUUUUUUUUUUUUUUUUUUAAGAAAAGAAAGAAAAAACAGAAAAGGUUUCUGCACUGGAAGGAUAGUUAAGGACCUUUUCUUAGAAAUAAAUUCAAGAUUGCUACCCGGGAAUCAGUAUCAGCAACUAACUUGAUAAAUGCUAGCUUUGGGGGGAAAUUAUUCUUUCCACAUAACUCUUUCCUAGAGAAGGUUGGUCAUACAAAAGUCUCCAAAGAACAAGUGAAGCCUCAUUAUCAGAGAUGGAACUGAGUUGCAAAAGUCAGAUCUGGACUCACACUUUUCCAAAGAAUCAAGGUGUUGGGGUUUAAGGUUUUGAUUUGGCCCAUAAUAGAAAGAGGGUCCAGCUUAUGAAGCUUUGAUCCAAAUCUACACUUCACCUUCAAAGUUUGGCAUGAAGGUAGUGUUCAGAUCAGGGUUGGUUUGAGAAGGCCAAUCUCCACACAUGUCUUGAGUAUGAUCAUUGACCAUACUAGCAAUUUGCCAUCCCAAUACUGUUGUUCAUUUUCUAGCAGUAUUAUACAAUGCUGCUUUUCUUAUUGUUUUUCUCAUAUCCCAUUCCAUAAAGUUAUAUACCCUUCGCUGUUCUAUAAAGGGGAUGGACACAGUACUUUAGUUAAAGCACAGAAUGUCAUUUCUUAACCUCUUUUAAAUUACUGUCAAUUUUCCUUAUGAUUGCAGUGAAUUGAUGUGUAUGUCUGACAAAAAAUAAUAUCCCAGCCAUCAUUUAAGGAAUGAGCUGUCCAUGCCAAAGUAAGUUUUCCAUACAGAAGGCCUUCUAACAUUAAGCACAUCCACCUGAUGGUGGGUUCUGCCUUUUGUUUAAUGUCUCCUUUAUAAUCAAGGGGAAAGUGCCAUGUUUCCCUUAUGAGGUUUUAUGCUUGAAAAUUAGAGUGAUUUGUGAACUUUUAAUGAGUACAAGGAGAAAAGUGAGUAAAUUCUCACAACUUCAAAGACCAUUUUACUUCAUAUGCACUGAAUCUCAGUGAAUUUUCUAGAAAUUCCUGCCACAUCUCUUUCUCGUUGUUUGAGGCCAGAUUCGAGUACCCUGACCUUUGCUGAGUAGUAUUGCAUUCUGUGAGCAGCCUUAUGAAUGUCAAUGGGACACCUUGUGACAUAUGUUGCUACGCAACAUGACAGAAGCAGAAUCAGGUCCUUGAUUGUUUCAGACCAAAAUAGAACAAUUUAUUGUCUAAAAUCUAAACACCUUUUAGGCUUUAUUUGUCUCAUCUCAUCAAUAAAAAAUACAGCAGAUGCCCAGCUAUCUCUGGAAAGACCGUGGCCAGGAAAUUUGUGUCUAAGCUUCAUAUCUCAUGCGGGUAUGCAAAAGCUGUUAACCACGCAAUGAAAAAAAAGCUAUUUUUAUUCAAGGAUGAGUGUAAGUCUCUUUUUAUUUGACUCUAGGCCAGCAGCUGCAGCCAGAACAAUCCAGGUUACAUACUGAAUUAUUAACAAACCAAAAUUAUCCUUAAGAUAAAAUGUGAUAUUUUUGAUUCCCCACAAAUGUUUAGAUGUGCUUGGUAGACAAAAUAAUGGCUCAAAUUCCAAUCUUUAAAUUUAAACUACUGGAAAACAAUCACACACUGGAAACAAUAUAUUGAUUGAACAGUGGUGGCUCCCUGAUUUUGCUGUUAUGAUUAGGGUUCCAACCCUGCGGCCUUUGCUCAAGCAAAAUUAUAGUAUAAGAUUUUGCCUGAGAGAGGAUUGCAUUUUGAGG